AUGUCUCUGAACUCUACCGCCUCCUCCCAUCCUUCCUAUUUCCUACUCGUUGGUAUCCCUGGGCUGGAGAAACAUCAGUUCUGGAUUGCCUUCCCCUUCUGCCUCAUGUAUGCCAUUGCUGUGCUGGGCAACACCACUCUUCUCCUCAUUAUAAAGACAGAGCCGAGCCUGCACGAGCCCAUGUACCUCUUCCUGGCCAUGCUGGCCUUCACUGACCUGGUCCUAUCCACAUCCACGCUACCCAAAAUGCUUGGCAUCUUCUGGAUGGGUUCUGGGGAGAUUGCGUUUCCCUCCUGCCUUGCUCAGAUGUUCUUUAUCCACACCUUCACAUCAGUGGAGUCGGGUGUGCUGGCAGCCAUGGCCUUGGACCGCUACAUCGCUAUUUGCUGCCCGCUGAGGCACUCCAGCAUCCUCUCUGUGCCGGUGGUGGUGGGCUUCGGAAGUGUGGUGUUGGUGCGUGGAGUCCUCCUGGUGAGUCCCGUCUGCUUCAUCCUGCACAGGAUGUCCUUCUGCCAGCACCACGUCAUCUCCCACUUCUACUGCGAGCACAUGGCUGUGGUGAAGCUGGCGUGUGGGAACACCAGAGCCAGUUACAUAUACGGCCUCUUCGUGGCUUUUUCAGUGCUGGGAUUUGACAUAAUCCUGAUCUCUGUUUCCUACACCGUGAUCCUGCGGGUGGUGAUGAGGCUGUCAUCCAGAGAGGCACAGCUCAAAGCUUUCAGCACCUGUGCAUCCCAUCUCUGUGUCACCCUUACCUUUUAUGUCCCUGCUCUCUUCACAUUCCUCACCCACCAGUUCGGGCACAGCAUUCCUCCCCCCGUCCAUAUUAUAGUGGCCAAUCUCUACCUGCUAGUGCCCCCCAUGUUAAACCCCAUUGUUUAUGGGGUGAGAACUAAGAAGCUCUGGGAGGGAGUGGCCCUCCUCUUCCAGAGAAAGGGAACCUGA